AUGGCUGUGUCAAACGUAAAAGAGAAAUAUGCGGACUUCCUGGUAGAUGGCACUGAGGCAAUAUCGCUAACCUUUGUAUCCGAUAUGAGCGAAAUGUUCUCAACGGCAAGGCAUCAUCCUCAAUAUGUCUACCAGUAUUUCGGAGAGAACGAAACAAUAUUUGGUUACAAGGACCUAAGCAUCACUAUACAUUAUACCGAUGCAUCUGUGUAUCUCUACCCAGAAAUUACUUAUACAGCCAAAAUAACAUCGUUAACAGCUGAGUUCAAAGCUGACAAUAUAGUUCAAAAAUUAAGCGAGCACUUGCCAGCUGAGCAAAUGGAAAUGUUGUGCCAGACAAGCGCUUUUUUCAAAUUUCGUUUGGAUGAGCAGAAAAAAUUUUGGCCUUACGGACAACUUCUUUCCAAAUUCACCAUUGAUAGUCGAGAACUGCAGGUCUGGGUAGUUAACGAAAGUUCGCCCGGAUUUAAUGCAUAUUUAGCUCGAGUUCAAACUCUUGCUUUAUGGUACAUUGAAGCUGCACAGUACACGGAUAAUGAUGAUCCACGAUGGCAGCAUUAUUUCCUAUACGAAUCAAUUAAGAAAGAUAAUGGAGUUUCGCGCGUAGCACUUGCGGGGUAUGCAUCACUUGUCAGAUUUUAUAAUUAUCCUGAUAAAAUUCGACCUAGGAUUGCCCAGAUUUUACUGUUGCCACAUUAUCAGGGCGUCGGUAUUGGUGCUAGAUUUUUGAAGGCAAUAUAUAAUGACUUAAUCCAAGACCCUAAGGUCGCAGAUAUUACAGCGGAAGCUCCUGCAGAAUCGUUCAUAACAACUCGAGAUUAUGUGAAUUGCUCAAAUUGCUCAACACUAAAGGAAUUCCAUGUAGAUAAUCUAAAAAAAGGUUUCACUGAAGAGAUGAGAAAUGCUGCUUUACUACGAUUUAAAAUAAAUCCGAAACAGGCACGGCGCGUUUAUGAAAUACUGCGUCUGCACCAUAUCGAUGUUCGAGAUGAAAAAGCUAUGGAAGAAUAUCGAUUGGAUGUGAAGAAAAGACUUGAAAAACCUUUUAAACGAAGUGAACGUGACUGGAGAAAGCUAUCAAGCGUUUUGGAUGAAUAUGAAUAUGCAGCAGUUGUAGCCAGUCAGAUGAGUAUAGAGCAGAAAAUAGCUAAACUGGAACAACUUUAUGAAGAAGAAUUAGCCAGCUAUCGGACUGUUAUUAAACGAUUGAUCAAUUUUGCUAAUGGUUAA